AUGUACGCGUUCCACAAGUGGCUGGAACAUCGCAUCUGUUCUUGGUCAAUGGAGGCCACCACCCGGCGACUAUUACUGGACAAUGAGGCACCAUUCAAGCAAGAGAUUUACAUUCACUCAUUUCAUUACGCUUCGUUUGUGGGUUUUCAAACGACCAUUUCUUGGUUUUCUUUAUUUGACUUGUUCAUGGAACGCAGCGUGACCAGGGAGCUGCAAGACUGUUCCAAUUUAGAUGAUCUUCAGUGGAUUCGAUCUAUGCGUCCAAUCAGGCUCGACGUGGCCGAUAGUGCUAGAAUGCAACAGCGGAAAGGAAACAUGUUGCGGUUUGCUUCGCUGGAAAGGCCGCCAUUUGUGAUUUUCGAACGCCACUCGGAUGGAACAAUAAGAGGAUUUAAAGGAUACUGCUACGAAAUCAUCCAUGCCCUUCAAAAAAUCUACAAUUUCACUUACGAAGUCGACCAGCCCAAGGAUAACACUUACGGGACAGUUAUGCCGAAUGGCAGUUGGAACGGGAUGAUUCGAAUGAUUAAAGAACAAGUUAUUGACAUUGGCGUUGGUCCUUUUUCCGUCACCUACUCCCGAUCUAAAGCCGUCGACUUCACUGUGCCAUUCUAUGAAGAACCCACUGGCAUCUUGAUUCCUCCACCGGCCGAAGAUAACCGUUUAUUGGCCUGCACGAAACCUUUCCGUUUGGAGGUUUGGCUUUCUCUUUUGUUGUGCGUAACUACACUACCCAUAGUCCUCUGGAAAGACUUGCAACUUGUGUUGAAAACCUAUCAAAAAGCUUCAAGCACUAGCAAUGAAAACUCAAAAUCUGAGGAGGAGAAUCAUUUCCAGGAAAAAUGUCCAUCUUUAGCGAAGCAGUACUUCUUUGUUCUUGGGGUUCUCAUUGGACAAUCUGGACAAAAGUUGCCUUCGUCGGGAUUUUCCCCUCGUUUACUUGGAGCAUUUUGGUGUUUGAGCGCCGUGGUGUUUGCCAGCGCUUAUGUUGGCAUACUCGUUGGUUUUUUGAGUAUCCCAAGAUUGUCGCCCAUCAUCAGCUCGCUGGAAGAACUGCCGGCAUCGAAACUCGAAUGGGGAGUGCAACGAGGAACGGCGCUCGAAACUCUUUUCACCGAAGCAACGACAGGAGUUUACCAAACUAUUGGAGAAGGCCUGUUGAGGCAGCCAACGGCUUUGGUUGACGUUAACGCGGAUGGAAUUCAACGUGUGACCAAUGGAAGCUAUGCUUUCAUAAAAGAAAAGUCAUAUCUCGAGUUUGCUGUGGAGGAGGAUUAUGCUCGCUCGGGGAGCUGCCGUCUUAGUAUGGCGAGACAAGAGUUCUUCAAAGUCAAUUUCGCCUUUGCCCUGCCUACGGCCAGUCCUCUUAAAACGUUAUUGGAUAAAAAGAUUUUGCAGCUAAUGGAAACAGGUAUUGGCGAAUAUUGGAAAAAAAUUCACUGGCCGCGAUCAAACAGGAAAUGCGACGACGUGAAAGGAUCCAGCGCCCCAAAGAGUCUUGGUCUGACGGAUUUGCAAGGCGCUUUUCUCAUUCUAGCCAUAGGAUCCGCAACUGCUUCACUUAUAUUUGUUGCAGAAGGUCUUGUCAAGAAACGUACGAAUGAAGGGCAGGAGACGAGCCCUUUGUCAAGAUGCAGGCCGCAUGAAUGGAUGAAUACUUUAAUUAGGAACUUUGCUGGGCUUGACAAGAGCUGCGACCUUAAAUACCGAGCACAGGUAGUAAUCGAUAGAGUAAUUGCUUAGACGGCAAUGCUGACGCUAUCGAUAAUUUCGUAUUACGCUUGUCAAGCAAUAAUAUCUAUAAUUUAAUUUUGCAGUGAUGUUAAUGCUCAGUCUUAAUCAUAAUCUAACAUGAAAAGAACCGCAGUAAAUUUUCUGUGCGUUUCAUAGGUAUAUUAACGCAAAUCUUGACAAACAUUGCUGCACUGAACUGGCGGAGAUUGUUUUGUAUAAAUGAGCUACUGCGUGAUAGGUAUUAUACUAAUCAUAAAUUUAAUAACGGUUUCUAAUAUGAAAAUUGGACAAAUCUUUAAAUCGUAGUGGGGUGCAAAAUAUUUUUAUAUAUUUUUUUACAGGUGAAUGCUUUUUUUUUUGUUUUUAUUAUUAUUAUUAUUUCAUCAUUUAUGUUAUCCAUUAAUGCGCGCUUCUUGCAUCGAUAAACCAAACCGUAAUUGAGGAACAAAACUACACGAUAGUGGCUAGAAGAGAUUGAAAGAAGACAAUGGGUCAAUGUUAAAUUCUUAACCCUCUACAUAAGUUCCCCCAAUGACAACAAAAAAAAAAAACUUACGAUUGUAACCAAUUUGAAUUAUAGAG